AUGUCGGCCUCAGAUUCGCCCAUCACCCCCACCGACUCCCGGGCUGGCACUCACCAGCCCGAAUCCACCGUCCCAUCCUCCCCAAUUACGGAAGACCAGGAUAUGAAGCUGCCCUCCGAGAAGGAAGCUGGCCAAGAACAUGAAUCGGUGGACAGCAACGACACAGAAGGGAUGGACAGUAAGGCCAAGGCGCUCAUGCAUCUGUUGAAGACGAGCUCUGUGUUUGUGGCUAUCAUGUCCGAGAAAAUGAAGAAGCAGCAAGAGGAAGCCCACCUGGCAGCGAUCAAGCAGCAGCAAGCAGCCUCUGAGCAGAAACAAAAGAAGCCUGUCGUCGUUGAGAGACGGGCGACGCGCAACGCCAAAACAACUGAGCAACCUCCAGCCGACAAAUCCACACAACCCUCGGGAUCGAAGCGCGGUCGUCCAAAGAAAGCAACGCCGACGGACAGCAAGAUUUCCUCAUUCUUUAAGAAAGCAGACGUGGAGGUGAAAGAAGAUAACCCCACAGUGCAAGAGGCCCUUGAGCACGCUGCGGACGAAUAUGAGGCAAACCCCACGGCCCUCGGUGGGCAGGAUCUGGUUGCUACCCAGCAGCCGGAGCUGAUCACGGGUGGGAAGAUGCGCAAAUAUCAGCUGGAAGGACUGGAGUGGCUGAAAUCACUCUAUUCGAACGGUCUCUGUGGGAUUCUGGCCGACGAGAUGGGCCUUGGAAAGACCAUCCAGGCCAUCUCGAUUAUUGCCUUUUUGAAAGAAAAUCAAGCGUCUGGACCUUUCCUCAUCGUGGCUCCACUGAGCACGCUGAGCAACUGGAUAGAUGAAUUUGCCCGGUGGACGCCUUCUAUCUCGACCGUUCUCUACCAUGGGGACAAGGAAGAGCGAGCGGCUAUCAGGUCAAAGCGUAUGAAGAUGCGGGAUCAGGCCAAGAUGGACUUCCCUGUUGUGUGUACUUCGUACGACAUUUGCAUGAAUGAUCGCAAGUUCCUGGCGCAGUAUCAAUGGCGGUACAUCAUUGUGGACGAGGGACAUCGCCUGAAGAACAUGAACUGCCGUCUUAUCAAAGAACUGCUCACUUAUAACUCAGCAAACCGCUUGCUUAUCACAGGCACGCCUUUACAAAACAACAUCUCCGAGUUGUGGUCUUUACUACACUUUCUCCUUCCGGAGGUGUUCAAUGAUCUCAACAGCUUUGAGAGCUGGUUUGAUUUUUCGUCUGUGUUGGACAACAGAGGACAGGCUGAUCUGAUAGAGCGUCGGAAACGCAACCUGGUUACCACGAUGCAUGCAAUCCUCAAGCCGUUCCUUCUGCGGCGUCUCAAGACUGACGUGGAGACUUCUCUGCCCAAGAAGCGAGAGUACAUUCUGUACGCCCCGUUGACGGCAGAGCAGAAGGACCUUUAUCGUGAGAUUCUCAAUGGAACCGGCCGACAGUAUCUCGAGGGACAGGCAUUUGAAAGAUUGGCAGCUAAAAGUGAGAGUUUGUCGCGCAAGCGCAGCCGUGAGAGCAGUGAUGCCAGCUCUCUUCCUAACAAGAGCGUGAAAUCGAGCCGUUCCGCCACACCAGCGAGUACGAGUACGACUAGCUCUCGUCGGCGCCGAAGUGUUCGGCCUUCUUACAAGGAGAUGAGUGAUCGCGCUUUUGACACCAAGUUGCGCCAAUUGGAGAAAGGGAUUGAGGAUGAGCCCGAGGUUGUCGAGCAAAGCGAGAAUGAACUCGAGGAAUUGGAAAGGGCCAAGACAAUCAAGCUUGCCAAAAAGGAGAUUGGACAGAAGAAAAUGCAGAACCCAGUCAUGCAAGCACGUCUAGCAUGCAACUCCCCUCACAAUUUCUACUGGCCCUGGACAGACGAAUCAUCCCCCGUUGAUGAGACUCUCGUGUCAGCAUCCGGGAAAAUGCUCCUGCUGGACCGCCUGAUUCCCUUCCUCCUGAAGAAAGGCCACAAGAUUCUGAUCUUCUCCCAGUUCAAGACGCAGCUGGACAUCUUGGAAGACUGGGCCCGGGACCUUCGGUCCUACAAGUGCUGUCGCAUUGACGGAGCAAUCGCGCAGGCGGAUCGUCAAGCCCAGAUCAAGGCCUUCAACACAGACCCGAAGCACAAGAUCUUCCUCCUGAGCACGCGCGCCGGCGGUCAGGGCAUUAACCUCGUCGCGGCCGAUACGGUCAUCCUCUUCGACUCCGACUGGAACCCGCAGCAGGACCUGCAAGCCCAAGACCGUGCUCACCGGAUUGGUCAAAAGAAGCCUGUGAUCGUGUACCGGCUGGCGACGAAAGGGACUGUCGAGCAGACGCUGCUCGAAAAGGCCGACUCCAAGCGCCGUCUCGAGCGCCUGGUAAUCCAGAAGGGAAAGUUCCGCUCCCUGCUGGAGACCGGUGUUACCGCCCAGGACGUGGAUGAGCUGCGCAAGGUCCUCGGCGAAGAUGAGUUCGAGCGCUUCGAGGCGGGCGCGGAUCCCGAGUCUAUUCUGUCCGAUAAAGAGCUUGAGAUUCUUACUGACCGCAGUGAGGAGGCGUAUAUCCGCGCUGAGAAGGGGUUGGAUCGGACUGGCCAUGCUUUUGUGGCUGUUGAGACGAAGAGGGAUGGCGGGGAGACUCUCAUGGCGUGA